UUUGUCUUUCAGAAAACCGGAUACAAGGGCUUCAAGUGACCGGAAAUGACGUAGUUGGUGAACUUCCGUGUUGUUAUCGUAGCCUAGCUAAGCUUAGUCGUGCUAACUAGCUACGUAUGACAACGUUAUGUGGCGUUAUAUAACUAUAAUAUAAUAUAACUUGGAGAUAUCAGCUGCCAUGUAGAGUUGCACACUGGCUGUCCUGUACUUGGUGUUUACAUCCCUGUGGUCGUUUCAAUGGGGAAAAGGAAAGACAUGAUUCACCCCAGGUUUCUCGGUGAAGGCGGCUCUAGCCUGCACAGCGUUCACAAGCGAAAACACAAAAAGCACAAGAAGCACAAGAGGAAGCACCACAGCUUUCCCGAGGCCCCGGAGCCCGAGCCUGUGGUGGUUCCUCGGCCUCCUCCGCAGCUACGACUCAAGAUCAAACUGGGCGGACAGACGCUGGGGACCAAGAGUGUUCCCACCUUCACCGUGCAUCCCGGUGUGGCUUGUCCUCCCUCUCCCUUGAUGAUUAUUAAUAAUGUUCAUGACGAUGAUGAUGACGACGACGACGACGAUGAUGACGACGACGACGAUGAGCCCUCUGUGCCUUUGGAGCAGUAUCGGGCCUGGCUGGAUGAAGACAGUAACCUGGCCACAUCCCCUAUGCCAGACAUAGACUCAGACUCCAUGAUGGUGGUGCCCGUGGACGAGGAGGAGAGGUGGCUGGACGCGCUGGAGAAAGGCGAGCUGGACGACAACGGAGAGCUGAAGAAGGAGGUGGACGAGUCUCUGCUCACAGCCAGACAGAAAGCCCUGUUACACAAGCAGCAGAGCCAGCCUCUCCUGGAGCUCCCCAUGGGUUACAAGGAGAAAGAGAUGACCGUGGAGAUGAUGCAGAAGCGGGAGGAACGAGCCCGAAAGAGACGCCUGCAGGCUGCCAAGAAGGCGGAGGAGAGCAAGAACCAGACAAUAGAGAGACUGACUAAAACCAGCAAGGCCAAGAUCAAAAGCAUGCGAGAGAGGAAGUCCAAGCUGAACCAGAGUCCCAUGGUCCGGUACAGCGACUGCGCCCUGGGCAUGGCCAUCUCCUUUCCCACUGGGGUCUCCGCUCCGGCCCCGACGCCUCCGUGUCCUGCACCAGCAGCCCCGGUGAACUGCGGACUCAGCGGCUGCACCAACCUCAAGAAGUACUCCUGCUCACAGACCGGGGUUCCCCUCUGCAGCCUCGAGUGUUACAAGAGGAACCUGCUGCUCGUUCAGAGCGCGGCCUGAACUCUAAAAUAUUCCAAGUGGACGCAGAUUCUGUUGUUACGCUGGGAUGUGAUGAAGGUGCGCACAGUCCACGCGGUCAUAAACAUUUGAUGGCAUUUGCGCUACACGGAUGCUUGUGAAGGUUUAACUUCACAACUAAGAAUGUGGAGUUACUUUUCAUGUACUUGUCAUAAUAAUGGCUUUCCCUGCAGUUACACAAAUCAAUUAUGUUCAUUAUCAAAUGUUAAGAUCUAAAACGUCUGUAUUAUACAAUAUUUAUGAUUUCCUUUGCAGAAGAUACAUCAAAUUAAUAUUUUUGUAUACGUUUGGAGAAAGUAGAGCAUUAUUUCCACUUGCUCGGACAUGAUGUUGUAGAGACAAAGGUGGUCAAAGAAUAAAAGACUGUAUUAUACAUCUUU